UGGUGGCUCAACCUGAAAAUGAAAUUUUUUUAUUUUAAAGUCAAAUAUGUCGUUCUUUUCACGAUCUAGAAAGGCGAAAUCCUCACCUUCUCACAAUAAAAAGUCUCAAGGUCCUAGAGAUGUUUCUCAGGAAACUUCGAGAGAAAAGAAUGAUGGUGACAGUGCUAUUAGUGGGUCGUUGUUCAGUGGCAUGACCCUAACAGCAGCUCCUGCUGAAAGGACAACCUCCUCUGAUGAAGUCAAUCUGAUGGGUCAUGGUGAUGUUUCACUGCAAGAUAAAUUACCCAAAACAGAUAUUGAAAAUCCACAAGAUUUUGGUGCAGUUCUUGCAAGACCCAUCGAAGCUGAGUUAUUACCCAAGCCAAUGCAGCCAAAAGUUGUUCCACAGCAGAUGAGCCAAUCAGCUACAAAGAAGAAAAGAGCUCGGCAUGCUGUGAGACCUGGAUAUGCCAGACAACCUGACAGUAAAGGGGAACCCAGUGAGCCAAGUGAUAUGAUUGCUGAGGGGACAGUUGGUAAAACUGAACAGGAAUCCAAGGUGGAAGAAGAUCAGACAAGGGCAACAGGAGGAGUCACAAAACUUGACGAGGAGAGUGGUGAGCCUUCCACGCCCUUGUACUCCAUUGGAACCCCAUCAUCUUCGGAUGAAAAUUUGUUUGAAGAGAUGAAGAUCAAUACCACUGAAGGAAAUGUUACAGAAACUCCCAGCAGAGAAUCCUUAAAAGACUUAGACUUGAAUACAUCAACUCCACCCCAGGGUGACAAAAUUAUUGUUGAUGAAUUUAAUCCAAUUGAUGCUAUAAGUGACCAGUUGGAAACUGUGUCUAAAUCUUCUUGUAUGGAGAUACAAGACAAAACCUUAGAGGUGUCAAACAACACAAAGAGUUUAGAAGAAGAUGAAAGUAUUUUUGAAAGUGGGAAAUAUUUGGAUUCAGAUGAAGAUCUUUCUAAGGCAUCUGGCAGAAGAAUAGAUGAAGGCUUUGCUGGGGAAACCUCUCUUAACAGUGCUGUGGAAAGUGAAAUACUAACUUCACAUUUUACUCCUGGGUCAAAUGAACAAGUUAAACAAAAUGUGGAGGUAGAAUUUAAAGAAGAAAGACUCGUUAUGGAUCAGAAAAAGAGAGAUCUUGAAGAACCUUCGAAGAAGCUAAACAAUUUGUUGACUCACUUGAAACUUCAACUUACAAGUCUAAGUAAAGACAAACGGUGCCUAAAAAGCCUUGAGGAGGAGUUGUUAAAGGUUUACACAGAGUUGUGCAAUGUGGAGAAUGAAAAAGAAGAAGAAUUCAAACGACUUCAGAUGGAAGAAAGCCAGGCCUUAGCCUGUGACAAUUAUGACCUGGCAGAAGAGAUCAGUAACAGAAUGGAACAACUCAAGCAAGAUUUGGAAUUUGCAAGGUAUAGGCUACCAGCUCGAGAUGAUAAGGUUGAAAAAGCAUUGAAGCUGAGAGCUGAAAUAACAGAAAGAGAAGUUAAGAUUUACAGACAAAAUCAGACAACACUAGAAGAGGUGCGAGAAGAACAAAAAGAGUGUCUGGUCAGACACACAGAUACUCAGGCUACCUGGAGUGCAAAGGAAAAACAGCAUCUGAAUUCUGAUCGGCAGAGACUGGAAAGAACAAUGGAUCAUCUGAGGCUUGACAAGGAGCAUAUGGAGGCAGAGGGUGUGGGACUAAGUAAAGAAAUUCUGCUAAAAACUGAGGAGUUCCAAACAAAAAAGGAGGGGUUGCUUUUAGAGAGGGGAGCCUUGCAGGCAGAAAUCUCAUCACUGGAGGCUAAGCUGGCUAAGUUGAGAACCAAAGAAUUAGAGCUAACAGCUUUCAUCAAAGAGCAAGAAAAUGAAAUAGACUCUGUCAAGUUGGAAUUCAGUCCACAGCAACAAGCCCUUGAUAAACAGCAACAGGAAAUAGAAAGAAGAGAGAGGUCACUUCAGGAAGAAUUUAGGCUGUUGUCAUCUAGUCAAGAAAUAUUUGAUGCCAAAGUAGAGGAAAGUCAAAGAAAAGAACAAGAGUUGACUGAUGGUAUAACUAAGGCUUCAGAAGAGCUGGAAAAAUACGAAAAAUUAAUCAAACAGCUGGAAGGGCAACAGGAGUCUGCUCAAGUAUUUCUAAACAUGAAACAUUUUACUUUUGACACAGAUCCCAAAGUAACAAGUCUGGAAGCCAAACACAAAGAAGUGUCCCAGGAGGUAAAAACUUUUACCAACAAGAUCCACAUGGGGCAAAGACGCGUGGUUACCCUGAGGAAGACUGUGAAUGAAAUCGAGUCCCAGAUCUCUGAUCUGGACGCAGUCAAAAAAAUAGCGAUUGAAGAGAGAAAUUUUAAGGAGGCUAAACGGCUGAAAGAAGAAAGUGAAACUUUGACGCAACAGGGAGUUGAAAGCCAAGAAAAACUCGAAUCUUUGUUGAAGGAACUUGCAGAAGAUGGAAAGUUGUUAGAAGAAGCGCAAAAACAGAACGCGGACCUGGAAGUAGAGAUCAAUGAAAAAGAGCGUCUUAAUGCUGUGGUUAUUGUACAGGAAGCAUCCGAUAUGAUUCAAGUCCUUCAGGAACAAAUUAAGAGAGUCGGUGAUGACAGUCUGAUCAAGGCUUUUCUAGAGACCGAAGCUAAAACAUGCGAAAAUCUCAUAUCAGACUUGUGUGAAAAGCAUGGCAUUUCAAUACCAGAUGUGAAUGACUCUGAGGACAAAGAUCGACGGGAGGACACAACAGUGAAGGGGUCUGUUUCUGAGCCUACCAAGCCCUCAGAAAGAGAACACAUCCAACGGCAAGAUUACAACGAUCUAGUGGACAAAUUGAGUGAAUUGGAGGGAAGACUGGAGGCUGUGAUAGAAAUUGAAGAUUUUGACGAGGCAGACAGACUCCAGCAGGAAAUAACAAAAAUUAAAGACAAAAUGGCGCGGGAAAAUCCAUAAUCUAGAGAACGAUGCGUAGGAAAAGCGCAUCCCAACAUCAGCAUGAUGGAAUCCAGGCGAAAUUGAACUUAGAAAAGAAAUGAACUCUUAGCUUCUAUGGUCUGUGCGACGACGCACAAUGAAGCAGCGGUUUCCUAUGCAACGAGAAGGUUGCACAUGCUUUGUGUUACCGUCUUUUUAUAAGAACAGGGUAAUUUUGAACUCUUUACGGUGGCCACCUUACGUUAUCAACUCAGUUGAUAAUACUUAAUUACCCUGUUAUACCCUCCCACCGACGCAGCACCACAGUUUCUUCAGAAACUUGUCCCCUUUAUUUUUUAUAAGA